CCGCCCGCCUGGACGCGGCUGCCGCCGGCGGGACGCGGAGCCUGCCCGGACGCACCAUGAGCAACCUCCCCGCCGAUCGGGAGGGCGGCCCCGCCGACACCGGCCUGCCCGAGGAGGAGGUGAGGACACUCUUCGUCAGCGGGUUGCCUCUGGACAUCAAGCCCCGGGAACUUUACCUGCUCUUCAGACCCUUUAAGGGGUAUGAAGGUUCUCUCAUCAAACUCACCUCCAAGCAGCCUGUUGGCUUCGUCAGCUUCGACAGCCGCUCUGAGGCAGAAGCAGCGAAGAACGCUCUGAAUGGCAUCCGCUUCGACCCCGAGAUCCCCCAGACGCUGCGGCUGGAGUUCGCAAAGGCCAACACCAAGAUGGCCAAGAGCAAACUGGUGGGCACCCCCAACCCCAGCACGCCUCUCCCCACUGCCGUACCUCAGUUCAUCGCCCGGGAGCCCUAUGCGCUGGCUCCCUCCCUCCGAGGCUGGUUCUCAGGGCUGGAAGUCCCGUCAGUUCUGCUGAAUGCCGGGUCUCAGGUGUGUGAUGGUGGCCUACAGUCAGUCUUGUGGGUAUUAAUGGAGUCUUCCAAGGCGGCUACUGGGUUGGUGCACUCUCUGCAAAACCACAGUGUGCUGGCUUGAAAAAAACUAAAACCUCUCACAAGUUUGGAUUCCUCCAAGACUUUCCCACAGCCUCUAUCACACAUCUGCUCUCCUAGAAGCAAGACAAAAAGCAUACCUAGUAAUAAUAUUUUCCUCUUUUACACUGUAUAUUUGUAAGAAAGAGUGUGUUACUUCUGAAAGCAUGGUUUGACAGGCAUUGCUGUAGCGUUUGAAAAGUCUUUUCAAACAGAACCAUAGGAAAGCGGACUACAAAAAAAAAAACCAAACUGCAAAAUGAGAGCAAGUAUUUUUGUACCAAACCUCCUAAAUAGGACAAUCCUACACUGGGUCGAACUGCAGGUGUUUGUGCGUGGCUCUGGAAGGCGCGUGGGGCCGCAUCCCGAGCGCCCCGGCAGCUGCAUGUGGAAGGCACGACGUCCACACGUGAGGCAGGGCGGCGCGAACUGUGCUCCGGCUCUGUCGGCGAGACGCCUGCGGACACUGACAGUAUUACCCUUUGCUUCCCAGUUGUACCAAAUGACAACCAGGCAGGACAAUCAGAAACUUUCUUAUGGUGAUUUUUUUUUUUAACCUUAGGGCUCUGUUAAUAGCUUGCUGUGCAAAGCUUUGGUGUGGUACAACAGAUCAGGGAUGGGCAGAGACAGCCCACAUGUGUAGCAAGGUGACAAUUUGCCUCCUUCUCCUGCCAUGAUUGCUUGAAGUUGUUAUGGGCAACGUAAACUGCUGUAUGAGAAAAUAACCAAACCAACUAAACCCAACAAAUCCUCGGUUCGCCAGCUUACUCGAGGUAAGGCACGAGUCCUCAGCGAGCCGAGGGGCUUUGAUGCCAAAGUGCUGGGCCCAGCUGGGCUUUUAGCAUCCAGGUUUUGCCAGACUGGCAGCUCACCGCGUAGCACUGCCAUGUUUCCAUGGGCAAAGACAAGAGGGAGGCUGCUGACACCCUUGAGGCACCAUCUGUUACCCUUACAGAGGGAGUGCACCAGACCUCUUGACAGGCUAGUCUCUCCUCCUUGCUCCAGGAGGAGUUUGGGGGGAAAAAAAAUGAAUAAAGCAAACCAAACCCAAACAGAUUUCAGUUUCUUGCAAAAGGAGGCACGAAACUCUGCUCCUCUCAUUGCCUUUCCCUCCCUCCCCACCCCUGCUGCAGGGGAGGCCAAGCCCAGCUGCUGCCCUGGCUUCCCUGAAGACACAGGGUGCCCAUGGCCUUGUUAAAACAUCAGAACCUUUUUUUCUUCCUCCUUCCUGUUAUUCUGUGGGUGGGCCAAAAUAAGACGUCUUGAGAUUUUGGCUGCUGGAGCCAGUGCAAGGUGGGGGAGGAGGGUGAGAUGGUGCCACAGGAAACCGCUGGGGUCUUCUGUGAAAAGUGGGAUUGAUAGAGGGCGACGUGAGAAGAAAUCAAUUCCCAGGCCGACCUCUGAGUGACUUGAACAGAAACGACACCAGUGUUUCCAAGAGACAGACUCAACUCUUUCAGCAAACUUAUUUCCUGUACUUUGUCUCGUGGAGAGGAGAGGAGCUUCCACAUUGUCUACUCCGCUUUUGGAAAUAUGUUUAAAGGUACUUUUCUAUUGUGAUUUUUAAAAAAAUAAAACCAGUGAUUAUUCUAAGUUACGUGCAGAG